GAUGACUUGGAGGCGGGGUCUAUGGAAAACCGAACAAAGAUUGACAGUCACGUUGGUGAUUAGGGGGCUCAUUCUCGGUUUGUACUGCGCGAGAACGUUCUAGAGAUACCCCGACUCUGAGGGCGUCUCGUAUUUUGUCCCAAAAAGGGUUUUAACUCCUCAACGUGAAGACACGAUUCUACGCUAUUAAGGGAACGCAGUCUGCGCUGUUGUGCGACUCGGGUGCGACCUGCGACAGCCUUCGGAACACACACACACACGCACACACACUUCACUGCGGCUCAGGGCGACCAGCGGUGUGUUUAUGUCUUUAUUUUACGAACACGAGCUGUUGCGCAGCCGUUGGAACCUGUGUGGGGUACACGUAACCUGCAAGCAAGGGAAUUGCAGCCUCGGGGGCAAAAUCUUUUUCAUGUCAGAGGCCGAGUACGCUUACAGUCGUUUAUGUCAUCCACUCUUCUCCAGACAGAAGAUACCAAAAAAUUGCCCUCAAAGAUCUUUUUAUUCCACUGAUAAAGUUGACACAGAGCCAAAAUGUCUGUCAACGUCAACCGCAAUGUGUCAGACCAGUUCUAUCGCUACAAGAUGCCCCGUCUGAUUGCAAAGGUGGAAGGCAAAGGAAAUGGAAUCAAGACGGUAAUAGUCAACAUGGUUGAUGUUGCGAAGGCAUUGAAUAGGCCUCCGACGUAUCCCACCAAGUAUUUUGGCUGUGAGCUGGGCGCCCAGACUCAGUUCGACGCUAAGAAUGACCGCUACAUUGUCAAUGGAUCUCACGAGGCGAACAAGCUGCAAGACAUGCUGGAUGGAUUCAUCAGAAAGUUUGUGCUGUGCCCUGAGUGUGAUAAUCCUGAAACCGACCUGCAUGUCAAUCCCAAGAAACAGACCAUCGGUAACUCCUGUAAGGCCUGCGGGUACAGAGGCAUGCUCGACACACGACACAAGCUGUGCACGUUCAUCCUGAAAAACCCACCAGAGAAUGAUAACGGAUCUGUCAAGAAAGAGAAGGAAAAAAAGAACCGUAAGAAAGACAAAGAGAAUGGUUCUGGCUCUGGAGACACUGCAGAUCACGGCGACAUUGAUGCCCCUGAUGCAGUGGACCGAGAUGAUGAGGAUGAAGACUGGGCGGAAGAAACUACCGAAGAGGCACAGAGGAGGAGGAUGGAAGAGAUCAGCAAUCAUGCCAAGAACCUGACUCUCACUGAUGACCUGGAGAAGACCCUGGAGGAAAGGGUCAACCUGUUCUACAGCUUUGUCAAGCAUAAGAAGGAGGAUGGUGCCAUCGAUUCAGCUGAUAAGGAGAUCUUGGCGGAGGCGGAGCGCCUGGACGUGAAAGCCAUGGGACCUCUGAUCCUGAGCGAGCUGCUUUUUGAUGAGAACAUUCGUGACCAGAUAAAGAAGUACAAGCGCCAUUUCCUCCGUUUUUGUCACAACAACAAGAAAGCCCAGAAGUACCUCCUGGGUGGCUUCGAGUGUCUGGUGAAGCUGCAUCAGGCCCAGCUGCUGCCCCGUGUGGCCAUUGUGCUGAAGGACCUGUACGACGCCGAUCUUCUGGAGGAGGAUGUCAUUCUGGCCUGGGCUGAGAAGGUGUCAAAGAAGUACGUUUCCAAGGAGCUCGCCAAAGAGAUUCACGCCAAGGCAGCUCCCUUCGUCAAGUGGCUGAAAGAGGCUGAGGAGGAGAGUGAGGGCAGUGAGGAAGAGGAGGAUGAAGAUGAUGAGAAUGUGGAGGUUGUGUACUCCUCCUCUGCCCGGGAACUGAAAGUGGAAACUGUGAAAUCAGAGAAACCAGACAAGGAAGAAGACGACAUUGACAUUGAUGCCAUUUGAAAGCUGCCAUUUUGUGCUCUUCUUUCGGUUCCCCCUCCCGCCUGUUAUAUCUAGUCCAGCCCGCUAAAGUACAGUGGGGGGGCAUAUUAAUGCUUUGCUGACUGCAUCAUGACUUAACUUCUUAUAUUCCAGUCUUCAGAGGCUUUACAGUCUUAGUCAUAUGAUUGGUUUAUGGGCCAUUAAUGUUUAUUAACCUUUUGCUGUGAUUCCCAUGUAAUCCAAUUAAAUAAAUUUACAUCAGUCUGA